UUAAACGCAAUACAUUUAGUGUGGACACUCGCCAUCGCUGUUGGUAGUUGCUUAGCAACGGCGGUGGUGCCGCAGCGCUGCAGGCCAACCUCGUUAUUUGUCUUUACUUGUCAUUAUAUUUAGCAGUCGUGAAGUAUGUCGUCCUACAGGGACCCAGAUUACCAUUUACUGUGCGAGGAAAUGCAACACAAAAUCGAACUUUUGGAGCGCGACAGAACAGCGGAGUACGAGAGCUCGCAGGCAGCGAUGAAGAAGAACCGAGACCUGAUCCGCCAGCUGAGAGAGGACAACAGGACCCUCCACAGGAGACUGGCUGAUGUUGUUGCUGACAAGGAAAGCAACAGCGAAGCGCAGCAACGCAAAGCAAUGGAAAAAACAAAAUGUCUCAACGCCAUGAAACAUACAACCUUGACUUACCAGAGGCAGCUUGAGGAGCUGAAGAAUCAGUAUCAAAGAAUGAAGCCCAAAGACACCGGCGGUUUGCUGGAUGACGCCAUGAAACUACGAGAUUUGGAGAACAGACUGAAAAAGACUCAGUUGAAAGUCUCUGAGGUGGAGGACUUGAAUACGUACUACAUGAAAGUCAAAAGGCAUCUGGAGGAGGAGAGUGUGUGUUUCCAGAGCCAGCUGGACAACCUGGAAGCAGAGAUACUGAAGGACAGACAGGAACUUAGCAACCUGGAGGUCAUGAACCAAAAAGCCCAGCUUGCUAAAGAAUCAGUGAAGACUGAGCUGCAACAGCAGGAAGAACGUCUCUCCAAGGAACGGCAGGAGAGAGAAAAAUUUAUAGCCGGCUACAACAGGAAGAUGGAGGAGCGGAAGGCGCAGGCCUUCAGAGUGGAGAAAAGGGUUCCAAAAACAAACCUCCCGGGUGAGGAGGUGAGCAGUCAGGUGCGCUGCAGGAUCAACAGUGAUGAAGAAAGAAAGUCCUCCAUGCUGGAAACCUUCCAACAGAUCAAGGAGGCGACCGGAGUCAAAGAUGUCCAGGAACUGCUGGAGCGUUUCGUCACACAGAAGGACACUCAGGAUCAUCUGGAGACAAUGAAAGAAGAAAAUGUGAGAGUCCUGCUUCAGCUGAAGGAGCAGAGGGACCAACUCAGUCAACAGUUUGAAGAUAUAAAAUAUUCUGGGGAGGCACACUUCUCAAGAGACCAGCAGCUGCUGGAGGAGUGUGAGCAUAAACUGCUGGCUCAGCUUCAGAAGAGUCACGCUGUUAAGGAGCAGCUGGACAAGCUGGUCAGGACACAUGGCACCAUCCGCGCUGGAGUGAAGCACGUCGCAGACAAACUGCAGCAUAUUUCGCUGAGUGGUGACUCCUUGCCUGAGGGGUCGGAGGGCUCUGAGGAGUCGGUGUUGGAGCUGAUGGUCCAGUGUGAGAGGAAGCUGAAGGCCCUGCAGGACGAGCUUCAGGGAGAAGACCAGGCCGCCAUUUUGAAAGAGAUAGAGGAGCAAGAGUUUUUCAUCAAAGUUGAGGAGGAGCUGCCGGAUUACAACACGCGGGUCAAGCUGCCGGACGAUGACACAGAGGAGCUUCGCCGAGGUGAGGACGAGAGCGAGGAAGAGGACGCUAACAUCGUCACACGGGAGGCCUUGAAGAAUCAGUCCCAGCAGAUUAUUGAGUCCAGGUCCAAGAAGAAGCACUGGGCCAAGAAGGGCAAGUUCUGAAAGGCACGUCGCAGCAUGAUGGAUAUGUUUUUGUGAUGUAAAUUUCAGGUAAUUUUAUACAGUUAGUCAGUCGUUCAAGACUCUGAAACACCAUAACCUCCAGGUUUCACCGGUUCUUGUGAGAAUAUUUGCCUCUAUCUUUGUAUACAGGGAAUUCUUUACCAAGAUUUUGGUUUACUAACACAUAAAAUAGCCUUGAACUGAAGUUUGUUAAAGAAAAACUCAUGAUGUUGGGGAAUUAAAGGCAGAAGGAGCGGCCUGCUGACUGCAAUGGAACAAUGUUGGAGAAACAUGGAUGGCGGAAUGAAAGGAGGAGGGUUGGUGGAUGCACAGUUAAAUAAAAUGUAAGGAGAGAGAGCUGAAGUUUAAACAUGGAUGAAGCACCAAAUGAUAAACAAAGUAAUAAAAAAGGGGACAUUAGUAGGAAGGAAAGUGGAGGAUGAAAGGGAAAGACGAGAAAAGGCAAGAAAAGGGUGAAAGGCAACUGGACUGAGGGAAAAACAAAGAAGAAAACAGUAAAGAAGUGAAAGAAAUGAUGAUAAAUCAAUACUAAAGUAGAAGGGACAAAAGGAUGAAGAAAGAGUGUAAGAAGAAUGUAGAUGCCAUGGUGAUUAAAAGGAGACAUGGACAAGGAAGGAGAAAAUGGAAAUUGAAAUAUGGAAAAUACAGAAAGAAUAAAGGAACUACAUUAAAAUGAAAUACAAGAUGGUUGGAAUAAAGAAAGAAAAAGAUGAAAGUGAUAAACAAUGGAAGACAAAGGAAUGGUGUAAGAAAGACAUUAGGGGAAUGAGGAAAAAUGGAAUCAAUAAAUUAUAAUAAAAAUCGGAAUUAAAAUCUAUUCGAACGAGAGAUAGUGGAAGGAAAACCGUUGCGGUAGAAAUGAAGGAAUAAAGGGAUGAAGAAAAGGAGAUAAAAGACAAGCAAAAAAGGAAAAUGAUGAAGAGGUAAAGAAGAAAAGAGAAAAAAGAAAAACCCAAAUAUGAGCAAUGAAUGAAGUACUGAUGAAAAUAAAGACAAUAAAACAGA